AUGAAGCUUGGAAGCUUUGAAUAUCUAAAGCGGUCUUAUGAGGACUGGCGAAACUGUUUCCUGGUCCACGCUAUUCUUCUUCUGCUUUGUAACGGCAUCUUCUGCAUCUGGGCCGAUGCACGACCAGCUUCAUGGACAAGUGUUGUAGAUGAGAAGGCCGACGGUGAAGAGAUGUUGGAACGAGGCGGCGCUAACGGUCCCACUGAAGCUAACGGAGCCAACGAGAGGACACCAAUCACAAACUAA